UUUUGAGUUCCCGUAUUGCGCAUUGCGCUCCGUCAUUCUCAAUUCUCAAGUCUCAACCCAAAGGCCGCAUCAAACUCUCAAUUUUGAGUCUGAGAAACAAACCAGACAUCUGCACCCUCCUCCAUCAUUAUCUUGUUGAAUUUCUCCUUCGCCAUGACCAACAUAUUUGCAGAAACCGAGAGAAGCUCCCAGAAGCUCUCCAAACAACGUAGUUUCUCAACCAAUCUCUUUUCACCAAAGCUUUCUGUUUACCUCUUAGCCGUCUGCGUUAUCCUUUUCACUCUCUUCCAAAUGCAAGCUCUGAAAACCCCCUUUUCUCCCCCCUCUCCUUCAUUGUCUUUCUUAGAAAAAUGGGAGAAAGUUGUCCAUACCAGCCUGAGUUUAAAUUGUUCGCAGGAGUUGAGAUCCAUGAUCGCCAAGCUACGCGACUCCGUCACGUUUCUCCCGCUCAAGGAUUUAAGAUAUUCCGAAACCGCCAUGCAAGGUCACACGUGGUUCAUGAGCUCCCUGUACGACACACAAGAGGAAGGGGAGGUGCAGUACCAAUACUUCCCUUCGGAGGCAUCGAAAGGGAGGUUGCUUUGCAUACUAGGUCGUGAUAAGCACGACGGUGCACGAAACUCGUACGCCUUAGCAUGGCCGGAGGCUUUACCGGAAAACGCGACGCUCUUCAAGGGGCUGACGUUCGUGUCCUACAACCACUACGAUUACGACAACAUAUGGCACGGCUUAUCAGCCAUGAUGCCGUUCGUGGGGUGGCACCGGAGAAUGGGUUGCGUAGUGCCUACCAGGUGGGUACUAUACCACUGGGGAGAGUUGAGGUCGAAUAUUAGCCCAUGGCUGAGUAACCUAAUGGAGGCCACUUUUGGUGAGCCUCUUAAUAUCGAACUGUUUGAUGGGGUUGAUGGGCCGGCUUGUUUUGAAGAGGCCGCUGUGAUGAGACACAAUGAAGGUGGGAUGUCGAGACAGAGGAGGCUUGAGGUGUAUGAUCUGCUGAGGUGCAAGGCCAGGAUGUUUUGUAACGUGAGCCUGGAGGGUAGGAGUUCGGACGUUGACGAAAAGGGGGCACCCAUUAUUGGAAUGACGCUGUUCAUGAGGACUGGGGCGAGAUCGUUCAGGAACGAGUCUGUGGUGAUCGAUAUCUUCAAGAGGGAAUGUUUGAAGGUGGAGGGUUGCAGGUUAAGGGUUGCCUACUCCAAUAAUCUCAGCUUUUGUGACCAGGUGAGGUUGAUGGGGUCCACGGACAUCCUGGUGUCCCCACAUGGGGCCCAGUUGACGAACAUGUUUCUGAUGGAUACGAACAGCAGCGUGAUGGAGUUCUUUCCCAAAGGAUGGUUGAAACUGGCAGGAGUAGGGCAAUACGUAUACCAGUGGAUCGCGAGCUGGGCAGGGAUGAGACAUGAGGGUGCAUGGAGGGACCCAAACGGCGAUGCAUGCCCGUACCCUGAAGACGACCGCCGUUGCUUCAACAUAUAUAAGGGUGGACAAAUCGGCUACAAUGACACCUAUUUCUCCAAGUGGGCCAGUGAUGUACUCAAGCAGGUGAAGCUGAGCAAAGUAGAAUUACAACAAGUCUCGAAAGAUGCAACAAUGAAGGAACAAUUGAAGUCAAGUGGUUGUUCAUGUAAUUAACUCCAUCUUUGGAGGCAUAUAAAGCCUACGUGGUGGGUACAGAUAAAGAAAGGGGGUUUUUACCGUUCAGUCCACCCCUAGGUCACAGUGAUGAGUGUAUUAGUCAUUAAUGGUUGGUCCUGUAUUUGUAAUCUUCCAAG